UGGUGCCAUCUUGAAUGCACAUGCUUUCCGCAUUCUCCACCGAGGGCUGCAAUGAAUUGAAUAAAUAAAAUACCCUAGGUAAUUUGCGUAAUUUUGUACAGUAAAUAACUAGGAAUUUUACUUUACAAGUUUCUUCCGUGAUGUAAAUUCCAUGAAUAUAAGACUUUAUGUUUCUGCAGUUGUCACAUAGAACGCAGCGGGUUAUGAAUGAAAAGCUCCGAUUGCUUUUUCGAGUAUGACACGUUGAUGGACCGCACUAGGUGUGACAUCGGUCUGCAUGAUCGUGGCUCAAGAUUUUUAAAGCCGCCGAGUCUUCAUUUUGUUUAAUUUCAACACAUUUCUAAAAAUGUCAGGAUUCAUUGUAUAAAGUUCAUUGACUUGACACACUGACACGUGGCCCUGAAGAUAUGAACGAUAAGUGGUUGAUAAUUCGUUAUCAACCACUCCCAUUAACGGCGGCUUUUAACUUUAUUGUGAUAGACUUUUUCGAAACUUCAUUCCAGGAAGUAAAAAAUGACGGCAAGCACCGAGACACUAAAGCAAUUUCACAACUGUCAAAUUCUGCGCCAUGGAAAAAUUGUUCUGGAAGAUCUGUGGGUCAGGAACGGAAGGGUCGUGAAUCCAGAGAAAUUGUUUUACGACGAGAAGGUCAUGUCUAACGUCGAAGUGGACUGCAAAGGAGCUUUGAUUUCACCAGGGUACAUAGAUCUACAAAUAAACGGAGGAUUCGGAAUAGACUUUUCAAAUAACGUCGAUGACGUAGAGGGAGGAAUUAAUAAAGUUGCAAAGGGGCUUUUGGAGUACGGGGUGACAGCUUUUUGUCCCACUUUGGUAACUUCACCUACGGAAACGUACAGACAAGUCAUACCAAAAAUAAAGAAGAGAAACGGUGGCAGCCACGGAGCUACUAUCCUGGGAGUGCACGUCGAAGGGCCAUUUAUAAGCCCUGAUAAAAAAGGAGCACACCCAGAAAAUUAUAUAAAACAAUUGGAUAAGGGCUUCAUGUCGGUCACGGAUAUGUAUGGCGAUCUCCAGAACAUAAGUUAUAUUACACUGGCACCAGAACUGCCGAACGCUAUGUCUGUUAUUACAGAAUUAGAGACAAGGGGUAUAAAAAUUUCCCUAGGGCAUUCUGUAGCUAAUUUACGAGAGGGAGAAGAGGCCGUUCAACAUGGUGCUACAUUUAUUACUCAUUUAUUCAAUGCGAUGCUUCCGUUUCAUCAUAGAGAUCCGGGAUUGGUGGGUCUUUUAACGUCAGAUCAAAUACCUCCCGAGAGAAUAGUUCAUUUCGGCAUAAUUGCUGACGGUGUCCACACUCAUCCUGCUGCUCUGCGAAUUGCUCACCGCACUCACUCUGAAGGACUAGUGCUUGUAACAGAUGCAAUAUCUGCUCUCGGUCUUGAAGAAGGUUUACAUCGACUGGGACAACUCGAUAUCGAAGUGAAUGCUGGUCGUGCAUACAUUGCUGGUACUAAUACAUUGUGCGGCAGUACCGCAGACAUGUCUAGAAGUGUUCGAUUCUUCAAAGAAGCCACAGGCUGUUCGACGGUUGAAGCUUUAGAAGCUGCCACGUUGCACCCAGCAAGAGCUCUGGGCAUCGAGGCUGAUAAAGGCAAUUUAAAUUUUGGAGCUGAAGCCGAUUUCGUUUUACUGAAUGAGAAUCUAGAAGUAAUUUCCACGUGGAUCGCUGGACAAUGCGUUUACACCUCCAAGAAUACGAAACCUAGUGACAAGACUAACGAAAGUCACCACUGAAUUUUUAGCACACUACAGAAGUAAUCAUGGCAUCACUUGGAAUCAUCUCGAUCCAACACUUAAUGGCUGUGAAUCUUCUAAUAUCCAAACUGCAAAAAAGUUUAACCAAAAUAUCAAUAUCGAAUACGUGUAUCUAUAUUUCUACCGUGAUGAACUAUUACGUUAUGUAUAUACUAUAUAUAAGCAUGCAUUUAUCCGUGUGAUUUUACACUCACUUUUAUAUGCAAAGUAUUUUUGAAAAGAAUCCUUAGCAUUGAACAAACGUUUAACACCGUGGAAUUAAAAAAUCCUUUGACACUUUAAGACCGGUGAUUCCUUUAUUCUUGUAACUAAAAGGCAUGUUUUAUUAUUUUUGAUAAGAGUUAAUAAAUCAUUAUAUUUUUAUA